AUGCCGCGGGGAUGGGUGGUGGUGGUGGUGCUGCUGCUGAUAACCCUGAAGUGUUCGGGGGGGAGGGCAUACUACUUUUGCGAGAGCGGGACACAUGUUUGGGGGAAGGUGGCGGUGGAGAUUGCGGGUGAGGCGGUGAGAAGGGGGUUUUUGAAGGAGGUUGUGUCCAAGCACGUGGAGGAUGGGCAUGCAGCCGGGGACACGUGGGGGAGGAACUCCAAAGGGGUGGCAUCAAGGGCAAGGAAGUAUCUAGGGUGGAAGCCGACAGGGCACGGGCUUGACGAGGAGAUCCCCAAGAUCGUCGAGUUUGAAGGUCGGAGGAUGGCUGUGGAGGGGGUUCCCUCGGACGAAAUCCCCGGUUGA